AAAGUAACAGAGGGGGGGCCGAUCUUCUGGCCUUCCUUUGGCACCCGAGGCUCUGGGGGGGCUGGGCAGCCCAUCAUCGCGCGACGACGCCGCGGGCGCCUUUCCGGGACUCCGCUGCGUGCUUCCGACUCCCGCUUGUUAUCCGCUCUCUGAAAGCAGCUGCCAAAACGCAAAGCACAGAACCAUGGCCGACCCUCUCGGUCUUCCGCCAAACCAGUUCGCCACCCUCCUGAAUGCCUUCACGUCCAUCGACCAACGACUCAGUCGCAUCGAGGCCGGUCUGCGACUCAACAGCAGCAGCAGCAGCAGCAGCUUCAAUUUCGCGCCCGCCGCUCCUGCUGUCCAAGUCCCCCCCCCGCCUCACAACGCACCGCCGCCCGUAUCGCUGAACUCCGCCACGGGCCCAACCGCCAUCGUCCCCGUCGCGUUCCGAUCGCUGGAGCCGCCCCCGCAGGGCUACGCUAUCUCGUCGCGGGCCACCAUGCAGGAAGAGCUCGACCAGUGGACCAUACCUCGCGGCUACAGCAUGCGAAUUGCCGGCGCAAAGGUCACUGGCAAGAAGAAGGCCAAAAAUGAAGGCCGCCGAAAGCCUACCACCGACCGUCUCUCCAAGAAGUGCGGCUGUCUCUUCAAGUUCGAGGUCAUCGAAACAACAAAGGGCUCCGACAUAUGGGUCCUGCACUACCCCAACGAAGAGCACAAAGUGCACAACCACGGCCCCUCGGACCAGACUUCGGACCCCAGGGCCAGGAAACUGCCCUCCUAUAUGUCUGCCGAGGUUGACCAGUGGCUGAGAGAAGGCUGGCAGGUGAGCAAGAUACAAGAGGAGCUCAAGGGCCGGGGCUUCACCAACGUCCUCAACACUGAUCUAUAUAAUCGGAAACGCCUCCUAAAAAAGGACGAGGGCCACAUGCUUGGCUAGAGAUUGCUGAGACGGUGGCCGCUUUGUGCCGGCGUGUGCGAGAACAUUUUGAUGUCGUUGCCCUCAUGAGAGUAUUGGUCUAGCGAUGACGAUUUCCUACCAUUAUACCCAACUCGUGGCUGCCUGACUGCUAGCGACGUAUGAUUUAUGACUAAGAGGGCGUUUUUUUGGUGGAUUUUGCUUGGAGUGGAGGAGUUCUGGGCUC